AUGCAAAUUCACUUUAAAAUGAAUUAAUAAUAUGUUAAGAGAAUAAAAUUAAAGAAUUCUUGUGUAAAUAAUUAAACUAAUAAUAAUAUUAGCAAUAAUGUAAAUGACACCAAUAAUUAAGAUAAUUAUAAUCAAACAAUUCCAAAUAAGUCAAUAACUACUAAAAUUGAUGAAGCUACAUUUAUUUUUACAUUUCCUGUAAUUAGUAAAAUUUUAAUAUUAAUUUUUUACGUGCUUUAUUACAUAAAUGAUGGAGUAGUGAAUCAGAAUCCUUUAUAAUAUUUUAAAAUUAACCUCUGUAAUGGAAAAUAUAAUCCAUAAAUUUUAUUCAUAUAUUUUUUUGUAACUCUUGAUUUGAUAUAUGGAUUUUUUAAGAAAUAAUGUUUGUAAUACAUUUUUCAUCCCAAAUUUACAUUUUUUUAAAGAAUUUAUUUAGGAUUGAUCAAAAAUAUAUUGGGAUUCAUUAAUAAAAUAACUUUUUAAAGUUGUUCCUAUAAUUUCAAUUAAUUUUGUGGAAGGUUUGUUAUUAUUAUUAAUUAAGAAAAUUUUGAUUAAUCUUAUGUUUGGUAUAUUCCUUGGACAACUAAAAUAUCUGUACUACAAUCAUUUGAGAAAUCAAAAAAUUAAGAAAUUAGAUAUUCAUAUGUUUGA